AUGGCGGCGGGGGGCGGUGGCGGCGCGCUGGGGGAGGCGUGCAGGCACCACCAGCAGCUGGGCGCCUGCGGGUCGCGCGCCAAGUACCGCGAGGGGCGGCGGCCCAGGGCCGUCAAGGUGUAUACCAUCAACUUGGAAUCUCGUUAUUUACUGAUCCAGGGAGUUCCUGCGUUAGGUGUCAUGAAGGAAUUAGUGGAGCAGUUUGCCUUGUACGGUGCCAUAGAAGAGUACCAUGCCCUCGAUGAAUAUCCUGCAGAGCAAUUUACUGAAGUUUAUCUUAUAAAAUUCCAGAAUCUCCAAUGUGCGAGGGUGGCCAAGAAAAAAAUGGAUGAACGGAGUUUCUUUGGGAGUUUGCUGCACGUGUGCUAUGCGCCAGAAUUUGAAACAGUCCAAGAAACUAGGGAGAAGCUGCAGGACAGAAGGAAGUAUAUAGCAAAAGCAACAAAUCAAACAGAUUGCUUUCUGUUGAAGAAAACAGAGGGGCCUAGAAAGACCAAGUCUGACAGUCAGUGGAGCACAUCAGCAUCGUAUGCAGCUAGUCACUGGGAUCCAUCCUGCUUUCCAGAUUCUCACGGGUUGUCCCAAAACACGGAAUAUCCUUCUGGCAAUCACAGUCAGGGCUUAUUGACUUUUCCCCAAUGUGACAACCACAGUGCUGAAGUCUCUGGGAACUUUGGUCACAGCACAUCCCUAUCUCUGAAGACACGUCCAGGAGGAUGUGCUUCACCACUGCCUUUAAUUCAGCAAAGAACAGUUCCAGUUGAUAAUGGAACUGACAGGUUUAUGCCUCGUACAACUCACCUGCAGGAACGUAAGAGGAAGAGAGAAGAGGGUAACAAAUCUGCCCUCAUUGAAACAAACGUGGACAGUACUGACAUAGUCAUUGGUCCACAGCUACCAGAAAUACCUAAAGUGGAUAUGGAUGAUGAUUCACUGAACACUUCAGCCACCUUGAUUCGAAAUAAACUGAAAGAGGUAGCAGAUUCUGUUUCGAGUACACCUGUGGAAAAACCAGGCACUAGUGCCACCAAGCCACCAGUAAAGCAGAGAAGAAGAAUAUAGAUACUGCUGGCAGCAUCUUUCUACAGUUCUUUAUUGAGGAUAUAAUUUAAAAUACUUACUACUUUUUUAAUUUAAAAAACAAAAUUGUUUUAUACUGCAUUGCCAAGCAAUUACUUGUUAAAAACAGUUCCAGUAUUAAAAACUAAACCAGUGUAAUACUGUA